CGUGCGGGAGCCAGGCCAAGCGAGCCAGGUGUUCCUCUGAGGGAACUUCUGAGGGGGAGGGCCCAGUGUUUUGAAGGGAAAUCUCAGACUCCCACAGGGUCAUCGUGCUUCUGCGUCAUCAUGUCGUGGUAUUCUCGCCUGUGACAACAUCGUAGUCUUUCACCACUGUGCCUGCGAUGAUGUAACGUCAUUAUGACGCCAUUCCUUACCAAGUGACCCUGUGACGUAGAUAACACGUAAUUGAGGGAGACCAUUGGGCUGGGGGGCUUCAUUAGUCCCCUGUACAACCCCCGAAUGGCCUCACCCCUUCGUGGAAAGCCCUCUUCGGCCCGAGUGGAGACGUCCCGCUACAAGGAGACGUCGACGGUCCGCGUGGAGACAUCGUCCCACCGCCUGGAGACAUCCUCCCGGCAGGUUCGAACGUCGUCGCGUCAGGUGGAGACCUCCCAGCACCUCAGCGAGGAGCCCUCUGUUUCCUGCUCUGGGAAACGGCUCCCUCACUUCAUCGAGGUGUCCUCCCAGCAUGUGGAAACCACUUCGCAGCGCACGGAAACGUCCUCCCGCCAGGUCAGGGUCUCGUCUCUGCGGGUGGAGACGUCUCUGCACCGCGGGGAGAGCCCGCCCCGGCGGGACAAGCCAGCAGCCCGCCAGAAUGUAAAAAUGACGCGAUGAAAUGCUUCCGAAAGGCUACACGAAGAGGCCAUGGACCCUAGCCAGGGCAGAAUUGCCUCCGGUUUCUAGCCAGUCAGCUGCCAGGUGGGCAGUCAUCCUUGUUUUCACAGAAACAGCCAUAAAUCAAUGUCAGCAAUAGGCAGGCUGCGGUUUCUGGACUUGGCCAGCAUUUAUUGACCAUGGACCAUUCUGCUUUUGAUCCAGUGAGCUAUUUUAACUUGAAGCCAGCACAAAAAGUUGUCUGGGGUAUGAUUCUGUAUAAAUUGGGCUGGAUGGACAAAGAGGCUGUUUGAGCUAUGAAGCCAGAGGAAAACCUGGGGAUGUGACAUCGAUUUAAUGGAUUGCAACCAGCAUUUUUCUUAUUACUGAAAUAAAAUUGGAAAAUAUGGAAAAUCUCAGAAUGCUCACACAAAAUAAAGUGAACUUCUAUAAGGAUUGCAAAACCUUCGGCAACUUCCGCCAGCUUUUGACACCAACUGCAAAUACUGCAGUAACUCAAUUCAAUUCUGACUCUACCCAGAAUUAGACCACACUCCACAGAUUAAGGGAAAUCCUCUACAAGGUUGCCCUUCAGACAUGAGUUGCAAGUUCAGACUACCUGUACUUCAACCAACCUGCUACACAAACUUGGAAGUACCCACCACCCCCUCGGGUCUGAUAACUCACUAGAAGGACUCCGUGAAAGUGUUAUUAUUAUCAUUUUAUUAUAGUAAAAGGAUGCAUAUAAGAAUCAUGGAGAAGAGACACAGGGCGAGGUCUGGGAGGGUCCCAGAUGCAGGCUUCCAGGUCCUCUCCACGUGGAGUCAGGACAUGUCACACUCCCAGCACAGAGAUGUAUCUUCUCAAUGGUGGGAGCUCACUGGCGCUUCAAGUGUCCCAAAUUUAGAUGGAGUUUCACUGUGUAGGUGUGACUGGCAGAAUCCAUGCCCACAUGGUUGAGAUCAGUCUCCAUGCUUGGUCUUUCUGCUGUGGCCAUCUCCCACUCCAAAGACUACAGGUGUGGCCCUGGGCACAUCAUCAAUAACAAAAGACACUCCCAUCAUCGGAAGGGCCAAAGAUGUAGAGGUUACCUCCCAGGAACUGGGAACAAAGACCAGCCAAGUUUUCCUUUAUACUACAGUCCUUUGACCUAGCCCUGUCGUUCAGCACAGGGCCCAUGUCGCUGAGUUAGAAAAGCAGUAAUGUGUUGGUAAAUGUUUAACAACCAGCUCUCUGAGGUGAAAAGGCUCUGAUUUGUUGGGUUUGCCAUUUUCCGUGGUAUAAAAACUACCACUGGUGAGAACCUAAGACAGUGGCUAGGUGAGACAGGGCAAAAAAACACCUCCAUGAAAAAUACUGGAUAAAAACCAGAAAGUGACCCAAAACACCAAUUUCAGUGAUGCACCAGCUGGACAAGGUCUGCUAAAACCACAGGGACCAUGCACUUGGUGAAACCAGGAGUCUGCAUUCUGAAACGAGUGAGUAAGCCGGCUGAAAGCCCCACGGCCAUGCUGUGGUACGGGGAAACCAGGGGUUGGCAUUUGGAGACGGAUCAGUUCUUUUAAGAAAAAAAAAAAAAAAAAACCAGGAGCGGCUGCAGUUACGAUGGUGAGAACCGUGCAGUGAACAUGACAGGAGCAGGCUGUGCCAACCUCUCAGUGUCUGGCGUGAAGGAUAGACCACUGCUGAUUCCUUCAGGGCUGGCGGGCAAAGGGGAGAGCCAAAAGGAGAAAGAAACCACACUGCUUGCAGCCAUCUCCCCAGCGGACUGGAGACACUCCUCCCCAGGGCCAUACCCACAGCCCAGAGCCGCGCCAGGAAACCCAGUGUGACUGGGAGUAUAUCCCAUGUCACCGCACACGCGCCACAAUAUUGGCCAUGGACAGUGGCCUUGUGUGCAUACACAGCUAGUUGUCCUGAAGCUGGGAAGGCGGAGCUGUGCAAAAAGGGGUGGGGGGGUUGAGAUGGCCCGGGGCCCAGGGCCUCCCUUGAGGGAUGGCGCGCACUUGUGACAUAGCACAGCCUUUCCUCAGCAGAGGUCCUGGAAGAUCACAGCUGAGAAGGA